ACGCUUGCUUAAGCACUAACCAAAGCAGAGCAAGAAUCCGGCCAACUCCAUGCUUUUUUUCCACUACCUUUUCUGAAGCUCUGAACUCUGAAGAAGUAGUAGUAGUCUGAACCAUAGUUCAGUUUCGUCAUCGUCGUCUUCGCCGUCGCCGAGGAAGAGCUCCUUCUCCAUGGACUACAGGCUCUACUACAUGACGCUCAGGAUGAACAUCGACUGCAACGGGUGCUACCACAAGAUCAGGAGGGCGCUGCUCCAGAUGCAAGAGCUGGAGAGCCACCUGAUCGACAGGAAGCACGGCAGGGUGAGCGUGUUCGGGGCCUUCAGCCCGCAGGACGUGGCGAUCAAGAUCAGGAAGCGGACCAACCGCCGCGUCGAGAUCCUCGAGGUCAGGGCGGCGGCGGCCACGCGGCUUAGAGCUGAGGCCUUUGCCUGAACUGUCCAUGUACUCAUACAGACACAGUUUGUGUUAGGUUCUGAAAUUUUCUUCCAGCUAACCCAAAAAUAAUAAUAAUUUUGAGUUUCUUCUUCUUUUGACAACGUUGUGUUAGCGUUUAUCAUCAAAUGAUUUACCAGAGCUUAAUCGGUAAUAUCGAUUAUGCCUUUCUUUUGGAGUCAGGAGUGAUGUGUAGGCUUGUUUUGCUUGGGUGUUAGAUAAAACUUCCCAAGGUAUGAAUGCUAAAUGUGAAAUUUAGCAAAUGGAAAACAGAUUUAAUUUUCUCA